AUGGCGUUAGCAGCUAACGCCCAUGGAAGAGUCUGCACCUUCUCCUCCAGGCCGCCCACGCCUUUCGGCAGCAGGAGCAUGGUCACCAUGCCUGGACACCAUGUUGAGUCGCCGCGAGCACGGUUCGUGGUCCGGGCCGCCGCGGAGCGCGCGACAUGGCUGCCCGGGCUGGACCCGCCGGCGUACCUCGACGGCACGCUGCCUGGUGACUACGGGUUUGAUCCCCUGGGGCUCGGGGAGCAGCCCGAGGACUUGAAGUGGUACGUCCAGGCCGAGCUCGUCCACUGCCGGUUCGCCAUGGCAGGGGUUGCCGGCAUCCUCGGAACCGAUGUAAUAACCAUAGCACUGAAGCUUGAUUUUGCAAAAAUAGCUGAAGAGUUGAUCCGUGUAUCAGGACUCGGCAACCUACCCGUGUGGUUUGAAGCUGGUGCCACGAAAUUUGACUUCGCCAACACCACAGCACUCUUCUUUGUCCAGCUUCUCUUGAUGGGAUUUGUCGAAACCAAGAGGUACAUGGACUUCGUUAGUCCAGGAUCACAAGCAAAGGAAGGGACAUUCCUUGGCAUAGAAGCUUCACUUGCGGGUUUACAGCCAGGAUACCCUGGGGGUCCACUAUUUAACCCAAUGGGGCUGGCCAAAGAUAUAGAGAAUGCGAAUGAAGUGAAGCUGAAAGAAAUUAAGAAUGGGAGGUUGGCAAUGGUUGCUAUGCUUGGCUUUAUUGUGCAAGCGUCUGUGACUCAUGCUGGGCCCAUCGAGAAUCUUUUGACACAUCUUUCAGACCCGUUCAACAAAAAUAUCAUUCAUGCACUAACCUUGUCUUGA